AUGUCUUCUUUACAGACCAAACGUGCUCAGCAAGGCGUCCAAGUGAUGUCGUUCAGAGACCACGAAGGCGACUCCACAAUGCACUCCUCCGCCUCCUCAGACGAAAUGUUCCCCGACGAAGCCCUCUCCAACAACCCGGCCACCCCCAUGAACGCCUCCAUCCAAAACCUCACCUCCACCUCCGAGCUGUCCCCGCCAAACUCACAGGCCCGCGAUACCUCCACCCUCAGCGGCACAGUCAACGCCAACGGCAAGCGCCCGCUGAGCCUCGCGCAGCCGGCCGUCGGCACGCAUACGGAUCCGGAGACGGGGUACAGUUGGACCAGGCAGGAGGAUCAGCCCGGGUGGGAAUGGAGGAAUACCCGGGCGAGGGAGGAUGAGAGUAGGGCGUUGGAUGCGAUUGUCGAGCAGGGGUUGCAGAUCAAGUGUGAGUACUUGUUGGAGCAUGGACCUGACAUGUAG